UUUUUACGGCUGAUUGACACGCCAAUCACGCUGCGUGAUUCAUUCAAGUUGUUUACAAUAUUCUACACAACCCGCCGGCGACGAGAGAACGAUGCAUGACGGGACCAUUCCAAGCCAGUUGGGCUAAAGAUGGAAGAUGUCGCGAAAACGGCGAAAACGGCGCUGCAGUGCUCGUUAAAGAUACGCCAGGGAAGAAAGUGGAAAAGUCGUCGGUGUAUUUUGUCGAAACGAAGCCCUAUCGCCGGUCAAUGCAAAUAUAUAUCAACCUACUUCUCUUCUGAACAUCGCAACAACAAAAACAACUACAUCAAUGAAGGGAUGGAAUGCUUAUACGACAUGCGCGACCUUCCGAUCACCUCUAUCCAUUUGAAAAAGAAAUGUUUUCGUGCUGUGGAUGAGCCGGGAGAGUUAAUGGACCAGCUCACACUUUCAUUCUACAAAGAUGAGGAUCGUCUUACCAAAGAGCUCCGAAGGGAGAGAAUCAUCAUCACUGACAAGAACUUUUGUGGAAUUGAUAGUGGACACCAUUACCAUGGCAACUCGUAUAUUACCACCGUUGUAUGUGUGGAUCAGAUUAUUGCACUCUCGUUUCCCUGCUCUUCAACUCAACUUCAAUGGUAUCACAGAAUCAAACACAGCUUAAAAAGUCUUAUAGAAUAUAAAUGUAAAGUGGUCAUACCAAACCGAGGCAAGCUUCCAGCUGGUCCGGCGAUGUUAUACUUUUUUGACAACCAUUUUGCAAUUACGUCUGAAGUACCGAUUCGUCUACAUGGGUCUUGGUACCUGGAAGAUGUUCAUCGAUAUGGAACGAUAGCUGGAGGUCUUUUGUUUCAAACAAAGGAGAAAAAACGAUGUUGUAGCCAUGUUUUAAUGACUGGUCAAGCAGGUGAUCUAAAAUGUCACUUUGAUGCUGCCUUCAGCACCUGGUUGCCUAACAGAUGGUCUCACCUUUCUAGUACCUUUUCAAUUUAUGAAGAACAUCUUACUAGAGGUCGAAGUGCAACUAAUAAUUCUGCUUAUUCACAACAAGGUGAUCGUGAUGACCAUAAUAGUAGAAACAGUGGCAGCAAUGAUGGAAACGGUGCUAGCAGUAGCUACUAUCAAACUUCAGGAACUAGCCGGGAGGAAGGGAUUGGAAGUGGUAGCCUUCAUGAAGGAGGAAGCUCCACCUGUAGCUCCAAUAGUGCUACUCCUGUUAAAAUUGCAUUGCAAAAUGGUAAUACAAAAAGUACAUUGGAACAUAUAGGACAACAAUUGCGAGAAUACAGCCAGGAAUCUGGUAUUGACAUGCAUAUCUUGCCAGUUGUUGGACAAGAUCCAGAGGUUGAAGAAACAGCAGUUCUUCCAUUUAAAGAACAAUUAUACGAAGUUAUGGCUUCUUUUAAAAAUUUAAGACUGGCAACUUCAGCUCAAAAUGCUUCUGGCAUUCCUAAACUGAAAUCAGUACAAGCUGAAGUUCCCAAGAAAUGCGAAACAUGCGACCCUAGUAUGUAUGUAAAUGUGGAGGAUUUACCUGAAAAGCAUCAAAUUGCGCGUUUGAAUGACAGAAAGUAUUUGCAGGCAAAAGAUGCUGAAUUACUUGAGCGUGUGCAAAGAGAAUGCCAGAAUCCAGAACCUGAAAGGAAUUCAAAGUUGAUCACACCAAAAUAUCAAGGACUUAAAAUCAAAGAUGAUCAUAUACAACACCAACAGGAUGAUAUCCUGAACUCACAAGUGCAAUUUGUAAAAUCUUCAGCAGUAACACAUCUCCAAGACCAUGUGGAUACAUACAUUAUGAUUCCAGGGGUUAUUCCUCAAACCGAGGCAGCAUCGAUGCCAUGUAUUGAGCCGCCACAGCUUGGUCCGAAACCGAAGUCAACUGUAUGGCCUUCUGACUCUGAAACAAUGAAACCACAACUUGGGCCUAAACCAAAACCAAAAUCUGAAAUCAAACCUGAACUUGGACCUAAACCACCAAUAUUCAGGCCUGAAUUAGGCCCCAAACCUGUUCCAGGUCCUAAACCUGGUCAGAAACCUGAAUUAGGACCAAAACCAGAAUAUGGUGCAUUACCAGAAUUAGGACCAAAACCAGAACUUGGUGCAUUACCAGAAUUAGGACCAAAACCGGAACAUGGUGCAUUACCAGAAUUAGGACGAAAACCAGAAUAUGGUGCAUUACCAGAUUUAGGACCGAAGCCAGAAUAUAGUGCAUUACCAGGAUUAGGUCCAAAACCAAGAUCGGAAUUUAUGCAAAAACUUGGGCCGAAACCAGAACAAAAUACAUUGCUUGAUGUAGGAUUGAAACUCGAAAAUCACCAAUCUGAGGAUGUUAUUGAAAACAACAAAAUUGUUGAAUUGGCAUUAACUCAAGAACAAUUACCUGAAAAUGAUAUUGACAAACCUGAACCUCAGAUGACCGUCCCUGCUCCAUUUGAACAUGACAAUUUGACCAUACCAACUAACGCUAUUCUCCUUUCUCAAACUGUUCAAUCAGAGACAAAGCUCGAUACACCGAAAGAUGAAACUUCCGAUUUGAUUGUUACUAAAUUGUCCAAAUCCAAGAAACAAAAACAUUCAUCUCCUAAAGGGAAAUUGAAACGCAAUUUUAUGCGUGGUCGUUCAGGAAGUCUGAAGAGCAAACCAGAAAGUUAUAGUACAAAUGUUGAUAAGCCAAUAUAUCGGAAUCGUUCCGCAAGUGUCAUGACUUUUCAAUUUGAUACAGGCUACUUUGAUGGUAGUUCGCAGUCUUCAUCAUGUUUGUCUUCACCCACAGGACUUGAGCCUUUCUCCAGUUUUGAGUUUUCAGCGCACAAAUUAAAAUCCCCAGCUGUUGAUCUAGAUUCUGUUGAUGAGGUAGAUGGAAGCGAGACAUAUAUUAAUUCUGAAAAACAAAGUGAGAAUAAUCCUGAGGAAGUCCCACUUUUAUCUCAGGGCAGUGCACCUCCUUUGCCACCAAAAUCAGCGAAUUCGCUCAAUGGUCAACGGAAAGCACCUCCUCGUCCUGCCAAACCAAGUAAAAUUGGGAAUCCAUUUCUCGCAGCUGAACCACUAGCUCAACCUGUUGUUCCGCCAAGAAAGCGUUGCCAAACUGAGCCAUCCAAAGUCACCACUGGUAGUGAUGGAUUCAUAGUUUUGGAUCCUGAAUCAAAGGGUGAUGAUGGCUAUGCACUUAUGAAGCCUGCAUAUCUUGAAAAACUUCAAAUGAAAGGCGAUUUACAUGACCAAAACAUAUGGAAUGCUUUGCCACCUUCAAACAGUUCAUUGGACAUGACACUAGGAACAUCAGUUAAAACAAGUGGAUCAUUAUCGCAUAAAUUUUCAUUCAAUGUGGUUCCGAAUAGUCCUAUACACACAUCUGUUGAUGUAGACACUCCGGUAACAACUAAACCUCAACUUAAACGAUCUGUAACUAUGGUAGGAGGAAGUUUAGUGUCUCCAAGAAUGCAACGAACAUAUAGCUUACAUGAUAGUCACCAUGUUCACGAGAGCAUUAGGAGAGGGAGUGCGCCAAUAGUAAAACAAAGUGACACCUUCUCGAAACCUAGUUCAUCCAAUGGUGGGAAACCUGAGAAAAAGAGAAUACCAAGCAUUCGCCCACGCACUGAUGAUGAAUAUCAUGCCCUGGAUCGAGUAGAAUUUGAGAAAAUAAAGAACGGUUUCCCUCCGGAGAAUAGUAUCCGUGACGCUCAGAGUAAUGGAAGCUUAGAAAGUGUCAAAACGAAGAGAAAUCGAAUCCAAGGAUCAAAUGAGAAAGUGGAAAAAGCACUUGGUGUAUCGGAAAACAGCUUGAGCGAUAUUUUGUCAAUUACAUGCUCCACUGGUUCUAGUAAUGAACUGGCUGACACAGAACACGAUGAAGCACUGUUUGAUACGCACAAGCGAAAACGAUGCUCCACGUUUGGAGGCAGAGGUGCUAAUCAUAUAGAAGAAAAAAAUAUUAUGGAGGAGUCAUUCAGUAAAUUUUCUUUAUUAAACUAUGAAAGCAUUGAUCGUAAAUCCUCCAUUCUCGGAUCCAUAGAUAAGGUCUUUAUGAAGUACUCAUCUUACAAGGGAGAUGCCAGUGAGGGUGACCGGUCAGGGGUGGUGUCUGACGAAGUCCAUAAGGUCAACAGUGAUUUCAUGGAAAGUGCUUUUAUAGACUAAUCUAACUCUUGUUAGAUAUUUGCAAAUAUUAUAACUUCCAUCAAACACCACCUAGUAUCAGCAUCAAUAUUUUUUAGGAUUCCUUUAUAAAAUGCUAAUUCUUGAUUUGUAUGUAUAUUUUGUUAUUUAAUUAAGUAUACCGUGUAAUUGAGUGAAAUUUUUUUAAACUUUAUUUAGUGGGUGUAGGUAGCACAAUAAGUUGUAAUAUUUUAAAGUCUGAUAAAAGAGAAGGUGGCUCAAGAUAUGAUAUUAUCUUGUGAUUUGGUGCAAUAAUGAAGUUUGUACAUAUUCAUAUAAAAAAAUAUAUAUUUUCUGCAUGCUUAUCAACAAGUACCAUAUGCAUUUGUUGGAUUCACAUGCAAAAUAUUAUUAUUGGUAGAAAAUAAAAGUUAUCAAAUCCUGGGGAUGAAAUUCUAAGACACAAUGCUUAACAAUAUUUCCCUAUAGAUAAUGGUUUAUAUGAAUGUUACCCCAGGCCAUUCUAUUUCCAACAAAAGGUGAUUGACCACAAUCUCAUGAGAUGCAUAUGUUGUUUUUUUUUGUUAAAUAACUCUUUGUCUUGUAAAUUUAUUAAUUGAAAAUUCUGAGGUUUAUUUGGUUUGAAUUUCAGUAUUCAGAAGAAUAAAGGCUCUUAAUAUAAACAAUUAUGCAAUUUAAAAAAGAAUAUGAAAAAUAUCUUUUGGGAGAUAUAUAUAGGAAUAUGAAUAAUACUGUAUGAAGAGCCUGGUAUAGCUAGAUCACUUAUUGUGUUUUCUAUUCUUCUAAUUGAACUCGUGGAUCACAAUGAGUUUUCACUGUCCCUUUAGAGACUGAAUUUCCUGCACGAAUUUAAGAUAAUGAAACGACUCUUUGUUGCACAUGCCAUCUCAAACGCAAAAUUUCAAGGUCCCACUAUAUUUUAGCAUAUAAUAAUAUAUCAACAAUUGCAAAAACACUAAUAAAAGAACAAAGCUAUCGCAUAAUAUUAUGAUCUGCAAAUUGUGCUUUUCGCCAUCUGUUUACUGUUAUUUUCUAGAACAUUGGGACAUCAAUACCUAAAUGCAGACGGAACAUCUACAAUUAAUCCAUAGGCCUAUAAAAAAUAUAUAGAUACAUUUCUUUUAUUUUAACUUUAUUGUUAAACUGAAUUGUGAGAAGUUUUAUGAAAAAUAAUUGUUGCAUAUAAAAAUAUUUGAAAAUUGAAUAAACCAUAUAAACCUCAUUAUUCAUUUGAAAAAAAAAAUACAUCAACAAAUUAUUUGAAAAAUUGAAUACAUAAUUUGAGUCAUAUAAAGAUGAUAUACUUAAUAUGGAUUUGGCUAGGAAUAAAAAUACAAGGACAUUUUAAAAAUACUAUACUACUGUUUGAACAAGCUACUGAAUUACAAUGUGAUUGUUGUCAUAGCUGUUAUUAUAUCUGUAGAAUGAGUAAUGACAAUUUAACAUAAAAGGUAGCUUUAUAAAGAAAGUAUACCAAUGUCAAAAAGAUUGGUUUGCUAUGAUACAAUAUUACUUUAUUGUCACUCACACAACUUUGUACUAUUAUGAAGGCAAUGAAAACAAUUCUGAUAUCAAGGGUUUUAUGAGAAGGAUGCCACACAAUGUAUAUUAUUGAAUUUAUCUGACUCAUUCCAAACAGUAAAUUUACAUAUUUCAAGCAUGCACAUGUUAUAAUGCCUCACACUAGAACUCGUAUAAAAAAGUAACACCUAAUAUUUUUUAACAGAAUAUAUCAUUUUAAUCUCGAAAAUGUUCAAUAAGAAUUACAUAAGUAUCUCUUUUAACCAUAAAUUUUUGAGAAUUGACAAUUUUCUUGAAAACUUUAAAUAACAGAAGUCAUUGUUUAAGUAUUAUUCAGCUGAUUAUCAAUAUAAAACCUUGGAAAAAAUGUUAUUUUAAAGACUUAAUUUAUAUUGAAUUUGUACAAUAUUUAAAGUCUGAAUUGUACCCAUGUAUACAUUUUUUUAUAUUAAAUUUUAUCUUUAAAAAUGUAAUAAUUAGGUUUUAAUGUGACAUUUAAAUAUUCUGUUUCCAUGUUUAAAAAAAAUAAUUGGUUGUUAUUUAGCGCCUUGAAGUACAAUAAUGUUGAGGUUUUACUUGUAUUAUUGUUCUUAUUAUUAUUUAUUCACCUAAUAUUAUUAUUAUAAUUAUUAUUAAUUCAUUUAAGUUGUAGAAAUUAAAAUUGUCACCAGUAAAAAUAUGUACUUGUCCAAUUUAUGAUACUUCAGUUUUUAAAUGCCAAUAAAAAGUGUGUUUUGGUGUUAUGCCUACAAAGAUAUUGAGAAAAUUAACUGUAAUCUCUUAGUAUGGCUUUUUUCAAUUGGAUUAUAGUACUAAUGAUUUUAUUUUUCAGUAAGUAUAGGUUUUCUGCUUAUAUAUUUUGGAUGCAAUAUUAUACAAUUUAAAGUAGAGAUUAAAGGAGAGAAGAAUUAUUAGUCUUCCUUUGUCUACAACAAUAAUAUUCUAUAAAAAUGCACGAUUCUCAUAUUACAGAACUAUUAGCCAUAAGUUAAAUUUUCUACACUGUUUAUAUAGUAUAUAGAACUUUUCUAUGAUCUUAACCAUUUUACUUAUACAGUAAUAGAUACCCAUUUCCAGUACGUUUCAUGUUUAUAUAUUGACCUUCUAAGGUCUUGGUGAGUGACAGUUAAAAGUUUAUGGCAGUUUCCUUGUUUCCUUGUUAUUAAGAUUUCAAAAUUUCAUUACUCAAUACUGCAUUUUCAUGUCAUGGUAUUGUGAAUAUUUAUUGUAAUUUGCUUUACUUUUUGUAAGAAAAAAGAAGUAGUUUAAAACUGUUGGGUAUUGCGACUUAGCCAACAUGGUAUGCAUAAGGACUUUCGUCAGAUAAAAAUUAUUUUACUGGUCUUUCAAUUUUAUGUUUCUUAUAUCAUCCAUAGAUUGAUGGUAAAUUUUGAGGCUAAAAGUGUGCAAAAAUUGGUAGGCAUCGAGCUAACUUCUUGUGUCUUGUUUUCAGUAUGUGAUUCUUGUUUCAUGGUAUGUGGCCUAAGUUGGAACACCAUGAAUGAUCUUGCACUUGUAGGCUUUGGGACCAGUGUAGGUUUUGGGACCAGUGGUGGAUCCAGCAUUCAGGUACCAAUGGCCCAAGGUAGCUGGAAAUAUGAUCUCUAUGGGAAGAAUUAGGAUUAGAGUAUUCCCUUAACUGUUGUGAGGACCUUGUAAGCUCCGGAGUUUUAGCCAUUAUCGUAUUCAUUGAGAUUUCACACUUGUUAAAUUAGAGAUUUUUUUGGUUGCUGUCGGGAAGGGGAGCUCCCCCUUUCGCUGCCUCGUGUGUGUGCCAAUGGGGGAGGGGGAUUCCCACAUUUUACGGUACAAGAUCUUCAAAAUGUAUGAAAUCGUGACAGUGGGUGAAUUGUGAAAAGAACGGUCUGUUUAUGGUCGCAAGUGUCGAGUGGAGUAUAUUGUCUGCAACUGUUUCUAUUGUCUGCCAACUGCCUGUCGGGUGCCCGUGUUUUGCCGUGCGUCACUGUCCACUCGUUAGUGAGAAUCCACCACAGACUAAUUGUUACAAUAUUAAAACAUAGCUACUAUGCUAACGAUGCAAGUGACUGCUAGGUCAUUGUUUCGUGUACUUACAACUUAUAACAAUAUUUUUUAAUAACGGUAAGCAAUAACACAAAGUGUUCCAUUUUCUCUAUUCACCUGUAUUUUUACAAACGGUUGAUUCAAGAAAAAGUCACGUUAAGUACAUGCUUAUGUGUUAUUGUGACCAUUAAUGUGUAGACAAUACAAUUUAAAUAAUGUUCUUUUAGUUGAUAUUAGGGAGAUUUCGCAACCUUACGAAAACGACAACAAAUACGAAUACGUCAUUAUCGUCAUUCGUGCCUUAAAACAAAUCUUGACAAUCUGCUGUACAAGCAUAUGAUCCUUGGCUCUUGCAAAGGGCAUGAAUCGCCUACGUUGUCACAGAUACGUUACUGUAGGGGAAGGGUGGUUACAAAUGUGAUGACGUAACCGUUAUCAUUUUCGUAAGCUUGCGAAAACUCCCUAUUCAUACGAUUACAUCUCACUUCGAACAUUCAGACUGGAUAAAAGUCUAUGGAGUGUGCUAAUAUUAUGUAGUUUAGUCUGAUGUAUAAUAAUACAGUGAUAAUGCUGUAACUUUAAAAUGUUAUUGUCCUUGCCUUAAAAUACGACAGUAAUCCUAGAAUCCACUUUUCCAUCAUGAUUUUACAACGGUAUUCCUGAUACUCCAUGAACAUUUUAUAUAGGCCUACACCGUUCUGAACAACGUUGAUGUGAUGUUAUUUUGAAUAUUCGAACAAACAUAGGUCUGCGUAACAUCCGAAAAAAAGAAACGGAAGAUGUUGAAAUCUUGUAAUAUGCAAAUGUAUUGAUGUGUGUUAUUUAUAAAAUAUUGUAUACAUUUUCUGAAUGUGUGUAAAGAUGAGUAUGUAGAUUGUAUGUGUUAAUUAGCAUGAGUUCUUAUAUAGGGUGUGCGCCAUGAUACGCAACAGAUUACAAUUUUAUUGAGGUCUAUUACUUUCUAGAACUGAAUUUGUUAUUUUAUUUUUUUAUUUAUUUUUUGUCAUUUUUAAAAUGUAUUCCGGGCUGUUAUUGUAUAAGAAGUUCACAGCCCAUGAACGAUUAGUAUUUUAACCUUUUUAGGGUGUUUUAUUUAUUUGUAUGUGACAUACAAUUCAAGUAGAUAAGUUUAUCAAGAGAUAUAUAUCGAUGCAGAUAUAGAAGAAAAACAAAAAAAAUGAAUGAGUUACUAUGCUGCAUCUUGUAGCCAUGGAAACCGCUCCUCGGUCUUCUAUGUGUAUUAAAAACAAAAUAAAGAAAAUAUUGUAAA